AUGGCUCAAGAUUCUACUUCUCCCGUCAAAACCACUAAAGCUCUUGAUGAUUAUGUUCUAUUAGGUCAUAGUGGAUUGAGAGUUUCUCCAUUAUGUCUUGGUGCUUUGACUUUUGGAGAACAACGGGGAUUAGGUGCUAAUAAAGAAGAAUCGAAAAAAGUUUUUGACCUUUAUUAUGAAAAAGGUGGAAAUUUUAUUGAUACCGCUUGCAGUUAUAAUCUUGGUGAAGUAAUUAAUAAUACUACUGUGCAAAAGGAAAGGAGAUUCAAUCCGAAUUUCGGAGGAAAUCAUCGAAAGAGUCUUGUAGAAAAUUUAGAUGGUAGCUUAAAACGACUGAACAUGAGUUACGUUGAUAUUUUAUAUGUUCAUGUUUACGAGUAUCGAACUCCGAUUGAAGAAUUUAUGAGAUCAUUAGAUGACGUAGUUCGAAGCGGAAAGGUUUUGUACGUUGCCGUGAGUGAUAUUCCAUCUUGGGCACUCUCUCGUGCAAACACUAUGGCUGAAUUACGUGGAUGGAGUCCUUUUAUUGGACUUCAAACGCGUUAUAAUUUGUUGGAUCGUUCGUUAGAAUUCGACCUACAACCUGCCUGCGCUGAACUUGGUGUUGGAAUUCUUCCAUGGAGUAUCGUUGCAGAUGGUUUUCUUACCGGAAAAUAUAAGAGAGAAACAAAUAUUAAUUUAAAAUCCGAUUAUCGCAAUCGAUCAAUUAUAAAUUAUUCAAAGGACGAAAAAAAUUGGCAAAUUUUAGAUGAAGUUAUUGCUAUUUCAAAAGAGAUUAAUCGAUCUCCCGUUCAGAUUGCUUUGAAUUGGAUUCAACAAAAACCCGGUAUUACUUCUCCUCUAAUUGGUGCUAGAACUGUUGCUCAACUCGAAGAAAAUCUUAAAUCACUUGAAUUCAAAUUGACACCUGAACAAAUGAAAAGACUUGAUGAUGUUUCUCAACCAACUGGACGUGAAGUUCCAUUUCCUUAUUCAAUAACUGACUCAUUUGAUGUUUUUAUUGGAAAAAACAUACAAGUGCCAAAUAAAUUUGCACCUAUUGCGACUACAUAUAAUUAUGGAAGAUUAUAUUAA